AUGGCGGUAGCGGCGGCAAGGCAGUACACAACCUUCGUCUUCUCUCAGGGUGGCGGAUGCGGCGGCAAUGUCGAGGAGAAAGGCUCCGUGAUUCAUGCGGGUUACUUGAUGGUCCUACGAAAUGACGAGAGUGCCCUGCUGCAGUUAGUGGUUACUCAGUCAGUCUCAACUGCGGUGGACGUCUCCAGUUUCGGAUUCAGAUACUAUGGUGGCGGUGUGUUCUUUGCGGAAGAUUGUGGGACAAAUCUGGGUCAUGUUGUCGCUGUAGUCGGCUAUGGUUUGAGGGAGGAAGGAACCAAGGUUUGGGUACUGAAAAACACGUGUGGAGAAGAGUGGGGAGAGGGCGGGUACAUGAGGAUGAGACGCGAUGUGUCUCAAAAUGAAGAGCUAUCUGGUAUAACAAUGGAUGUAUGUUACCCUACUUUAGACGUAGGGCCGGCUUUUUGGGCAAGCAACCAAGGUCCUUGUUUGUUUGCUCCAAAAGCCGACCCUGCAUCUCAAGUAGGCUAA